UAUGUGUGAAGAAGGAGCUGAACGGCAGCAGCCAUUCUCCAGCUGUGAGAGAGAGAAUAUUUGCAGAUUUCUCACAUAUAUCAAUGGAGUCGGAGUUGGAGUUGGUCUCCACCCAUCUCUGUUGCCUUUUAUUUCUUCUCCUCAUCAUCUCAAUCUCACCAGGGUAUCUGGAGGCCUCAUCAUCGUCAUCAUCAUCUCCAAAGCUAUUGUUCGUAUUCGGAGACUCCUACGCCGACACCGGAAACCUCAGAAAAUCGCUCGGAAACUCCUGGAAGGACCCGUACGGAACCACCUUCCCCGGAAAGCCCGCCGGCCGCUUCUCCGACGGCCGCGUCCUCUCCGAUUACCUCGCCAAGUUCUUGGGGCUCAGCUCCCCCUUCCCCUACACAUGGAUGAAGCUCGCCGGCGACGGCAAGAAGCUUCGCGCGGGAAUGAACUUCGCAUACGGAGGAAGCGGCGUGUUCGACACUUACGCCAAAUUACCUAACAUGACUACUCAAAUCGACUUCUUCGAUAAUCUCAUCGCUACCUCUUUCUACACCAAACACGACGUCUACUCCUCUCUCGUUCUCGUUUGCCUCUCAGGGAAUGACUACGGCGCUUUCAUCGCCAAAGGCGGCGCUGUCGAGGACAUUGAAAAGUUCAUUCCUUUGGUGAUCGAUCAACUAGUAGCGAACUUGAAGCGUAUAUCCCGCCUCGGAGCAUCCAAAGUUGUCGUGACGACUCUGCAGCCAAUGGGUUGUCUCCCACGUACGACUCGACGGUCUUCCUACCAAAAAUGCAACACCACUGAGAACAUGGCCACCAGUUACCACAACCUUCUGCUGCAGCAAGCCGUGGCCGGAUUGAAUAACAUUUCAAAAAGCCCCUCUUUUUUCGUCAUGGAUCUUUAUAGAUCUUUCACGGCCGUGCUCGAUCCAAAUCAAGACUCUCCAGGGGAUUCGAAAUUCCAGAGUCUAUUAAAGCCCUGUUGCAUUGGCGUAAACGACGAGCAUUCGUGUGGGAGUGUGGACGACAAUGGCAAGAAAUUGUACACGGUUUGUAGCGAUCCGAGAUCGGCUUUCUUCUGGGACGAAGUGCAUCCAACUGAGGCCGGAUGGCGUGCAGUCUACACGAUGUUGCGAUCCAGUCUCGGCGAGUUCGUUAAAUCUUCUUAGCAUUAUGUCCGAUGUUUGCCCUAUUUCUGCCUCAAGUGGAUUACUAGGACUUUGUUUACAUAUGUUUUUAAAUUAUUGUUUUGCUGCUUAUUAAUCACUCCUUCCGUCAAUGAUAAAUAUGUUCAUAUGAGUUAGACGUAA